GAUCGAAUCUGAAGCCUAACUCGGCGUGCAGUACAACACGACCGACGGGAUAAAUGAACACGGUUUUAAGCGGUUUAAUCUUACAAGCGAAGGUUUGGUAUGACUGUGACAUAACGGUACUUUAACCAGCUCGGUCAAAAUGCCCUGUACUACACCUGGUACCAAAAUGGCGUCAGUCACUCAGGUGUGUUGCUCAGAAUGGCUGCUCCCUCUCCGCUGUGGUUUAUGUCAGGAACUGUUCCGAAAGCCUCGCAUCUUACCGUGUGGGCAUACUUUCUGUGGCGACUGUCUUAACGAGCUGAGAGACAACUUAAUUAGAACCGGUAGACAAUCGCCUCUCUUCAAGCCUGUCUACAAUAGUAGUUUUCCUGACCCUAACGGCGCUUAUGGCACCGGCAUCACGUUUGAGUGCCCAGAUCUGGACUGUCAAUACAGUAUGAAGCUGAUGAACCUGUCCCGCUGGGCACUGAGGAACCGUACUGUCCAAGACCUGGUGGCCGCCUUCAAACGCCACGGCCGGGAGCAGAGGGAAUUCUCAACGCAAACGGACAUCGGUUUGGACUCGGCUCUCGUCGCUAUCCCCAGGAGCCUGAUCCCAACCCUGGCCAGAUCGUCCACCAUGAAAGCGAAAGACUGUGUGGAUAAUGGCGGAGAAACGCCCGCAGAGGUGGAUCACUCAGUCACCGUCGGCAAGAUCCUGCAGAGGGCGUUCAGCAUGGACAGCCUCAAUCAGACGUACGUGCCGACGGGAGUCAGGUCGUGGAAAUCUUGCGUGGCGCUGUUAGGCGCAAACAUCCUCGAGCAACUUAUCCGACUAUGAUUUCCAAACAGUGUGGCCAUCUGAACAAAACUGUUCCCAGUCCAGAACAUACAAAAUCCAACAUAGCAGACACAUGAUUAACAAACAGGUACAUUACCCGUGUUCGUUUGAGGCUUGUAGGGUGGGUUUGCGUCAGUUGAUUCUGAUGUGGUAGAAUUUUAUGGAGCUGGAUCUAGUCUAAUUCAAUCAGGCAGUAAUAACUGGUUCUGGGUCUCACGUUCACUUACCCCAUCCAACAGGAACAAUCUAUGGGAGACAAGUCAUGUCUGCUCUGUAACGGUUUUGUAACCUCAUGCGCUUAAGAUUUCCAUUUUUGCAGUAAAGAUCAAGAUAACCACAUGUCAUUUAAAUACAGUAUCACUUUGCUGUUACUGACCAAGCCUGUUCCUGCAUGGCCAGGAUCAAUACUGGCUUAAUCUGCGUUAUUUACAUUCGGCACUCACUGGUUUCUCUCAGCGACGUAGGCCUAACUUUUAAUCGGUAACUAUAAACAGAACUGCCAGGUUUUGUUGAACUGACAUUCAUAGUAAUUUUUUCGCCAAUGCGCUAUACACACUCACAGAUGGCCAUCUUGCCUGUAAUGAACUGCACCCUGUAAAUUUGAAUCUUGAAACGCUUACAGCGCCAGUACGUCAUAGGUAAGUGCACCAAUCCUUAACACCCGCUGUACGGAGUAUUUUAGGGUGAGAAAUCUGUGAUCAUAUUGUUAUGUGUACGAAGACAAGGAUUAUGACAUUGUGAACAAUUAAUAUAGAAUGAUAAACUGUUCAUAAAUAUAUUUUAAUAUUAUUUAAUAAGUAAUAAGUAAAUAAGUAAUAUAUUUAAUAUUAUUUAAUAAGUAAAUCUAAAUCUGUGAUGUUACACAAAAGUGUAAGUUUGAUUGCCAGAGAUAUUCAUCACCAGUAAGACGCCUCCAAAUAUUGCUGUAAGACGUUGUUAAUUUUAUAUCUGAGAAUUGGCCGCGGUGUUUGUAAAGUUUUAUGAUGAUUUUAUUAUAAUUCUAGAAUAGCAUGUCGCUUUCAGGGGGAGUGUAUCUGCACCUGGGAAUGUAUAGGUGCCAUUUGGCUGAUAUACUGUGUCAGUUCAUGUAUGUAUAUGUAAUUCAGUUUAGACGUUACUUUCAAGGUGAAAACUGUUUAAGUUGCAGAUAUAGUGAUUCGGGUGAUUUAUAUGGUGCCGGUGAAUGUUAAGCUCGCUUUUAUAUGGACUAUGAACUAUGAGUUCAACUGCCAUUUGUUCUUCUGUCGUUUAUUACCAUGUGUCUAUGCACGUGGAGCCAUGUGGUCUACACGAGAGUGAAGAGCUCAAAAGUCGCCUUGGCCAUACACUAAAAGACAGACAAAGAUAUAAACUUUCUGAGUUUAUUAUGGGGUCUUCAUACAAGCAUACCAGUCUUAUGGCACCCAGGUCUUUCGUGGAAACUUUCGCAUGGGGUACUAAGAGAAUAUGGUACAUGUGACCAUAUGAAAGGCAGUCCGGUCCGGUAUCAGCUGUUUUGCAAUCCUCAUUAAACACUGCAUUGAAAUUAGUCUCUACUAUUAUAAGAAGGUUACUGCUGUAAUGAGAAGAGCGCACCGUGAUUUUCGCAAAAGGGCUGUUUCGUUAAGAAUGGACGAAUUAAUCAAUGUGGGUCCCAGCCCAGGAUUUUUCGUCACCUGUAUGGUCUUGGAGUUGUUAAGUACACAUAAGACUUCAUGUAGCUGGACACAAUUUAUGUUUUGGUUUUUAAUUGCACAAUACUUAAUUGGUACACUUGAUAUGUUUAUUAAAUUAUAUGAACUCUUUCUCAAGUCAAAUGUGCAAUAGGAGUAUAGAUGAGUUCACCGGCUUAAAUAAUACAGCCUUGAGGAAAUGUUUAUUAAAAAAUAUAACGAA